UUUAUGAAGAGAAAUGGUAGAAAUGGGCGUGGUUUGAGACUGUGGUAACUAGUGACGAUUGAACGGACCAUUGAAAUAACAAAAUGGAGGAAUACGCACGGGAGCCGUGUCCGUGGAGAAUUGUGGAUGACUGUGGAGGUGCUUUCACCAUGGGGGCCAUUGGAGGAGGGAUCUUCCAGGCAGUCAAGGGCUUCAGAAAUUCACCUUCAGGGAUGAGCCACCGAUUGAAAGGUAGCAUGACUGCCAUCAAAACCAGAGCCCCACAGUUGGGGGGUAGCUUUGCAGUAUGGGGAGGACUCUUCUCCAUGAUUGACUGUGGGUUGGUAAAGGUAAGGGAGAAAGAGGACCCCUGGAACUCCAUCACAAGCGGGGCCAUGACUGGAGCUAUCCUCGCAGCAAGAAAUGGACCUGUGGCCAUGGUGGGCUCUGCAGCAAUGGGAGGUAUACUGUUGGCGUUGAUAGAGGGUGCUGGGAUCCUGCUUACUAGAUUUGCUUCAUCACAGUUCCCAACUGGUCCCCAGUUUGCUGAGGAGCCAGCCCCCAUGCCUGCCCCAUCCUUUGGAGGAGACUACAGACAGUACCAGUGAGAGGUCUCAGUCUCUAGGCCUUUUUGAAUUCCUUGCUGAAGUUACACUGGGGAAAUGGAGGAAAAAUACUACACAAUAGGCAAUUGCACCUAACAUUAUGGACUUGGUCAGAACUAAAGGGCAAAUUCACACUUUCUUCCCCCGGAGCCAUGUACAGAUUUGCCUUUCACCAUCCUCCGUCUUGACAGUUGUGCGUAGUUCACCCUACAUUGAUUAAAAUAUCUGAACUGGAGACGAGGGAAAAGUUUGGUUUGUUCAAUCUUACAUGCAUGUAAUACCCUACCCUGCAAGUGUGCCAGACACUGGAGCUGAUGUUGAGCCAAGGGCACUGCCAUGGCUAUGUCAAUAUCAACUCAAAGAUGGACCCUUCCAAACUUGUAUAAUGUUUUUCGUAUGUGUGUGUAUAUAUAGGCUUUCCUGCAUGCAUUUGAUAUGUUUUGCUUAUUUGCCUUGUUGUUCAUCAUAUCCUGUGCUUGUGCUCGCCAUUUUGUAAAUUUAAAAUGUAAGUGGGCAUUUUAUGAAUUGCUUUUAUUGAAUGGUAUAAAAGGCAAUCAAUUCAUUAUGCUGUCCCUGAAAUCUUAGGUUUUAUAGUGACUUUUUUUGUUUGUUGUAGUUGAUAAUUAUAUUAUUUUAUAAAUUUACACCAAGAGGCACAAACUACUGCUGGCAAAUGAUGUUUGAGACAGAAGGAUGAUGAACAGGACAAACCUCACUAGUUACUCAAUGCAAGGGGUUGAUACAACGUAUCUGUAUGACAGAUUGAAUUACACAAGUAUAAAAUUGUUAAAAUACAA